AUGGAUGAGAAUCUGCAUCUGAAUGAACAGAUGGAUGAAGCGGAGUCUCUUAAUGACAGGAGGAGGGAGGACAGUCUCCAUAACACGCUGACUGAAACUAUUCAGGCAGUUGAAGCCGACAGACGACCCAGGGAUCAUCAUCAGGAAACAGUGGGCAUGAGGAGACGCACAGGAGAACCGGGUAGAGGCGCAGGAGAGGAAAUACAGAGAGGUAGUGAGGAGAUUAUGCUCAGUCCAUCAGAUGAUGACAGGCAGGAUGAAGGGAGAGGAAGGAGUGCUGACGAAGAGCAGGUGGAGAAAGAGUGCAAGCGAAAAGUUUUGGGAGUACUGACAGAGCUGAGAGUUUUUCAUUCAGAGAGACUGAGAGCAUGGAGAGAGGCCCUGAGAGAAUGUGUCUCCAUGCUUAACGAGUCUCCACCAGGGGGCAGUGAUCAGCAAUAUCCAUCUCCAACAGAACCAGAAUGUAAAGUCUCACCUCGCUCAGACUCCUUCGGUGAUGCUUUUCAGAGUGUUGGGGAGGACAUAGAGAACAUUAUGCAAAAGCUCAGCACAAUCAUAACCAAACUGGAUGCAGAAAUUCUCCAAUUAUCUGCAGAAGAAUCCUCAAGUGUGGAUGCAGCACUUGAGGAAACCAGAGACCCAGAAACUUCAGAGGAACCUGAAGAUGGCAACAAUCACCUCAGCUCCCACGAUCCACGUGAAUCUGACUCUGGGCGUAAACAGGAUAUCGAGGGUGAGGGUGAUCAAAGCCACACAAGGCCACAAGACACUGAACAAACAUCAGACUUGAGAUUCAGCAUCUCUGACUGCAGCAAAGUGAAAGAGACUGGGAAAGAUCUGAAGGUCAAAGGUCAAGUGAGUAAUAAUGAGGACUGUGUUUCUCCAGUGAGUGACACUGAUUUACUGAAGGAGACUGAAAAGGAUGCAGAGAGGAUAAAUGUCAAGGGCAAAGAAGAGACAAGGAUCGACUGGAUCACUGUAGGGCUUCCUGGUAAAAUGGAGGGCAGCCAAUCACACAUACCAGACGCAUGCUUUAUCAGAGCAUCUGUGGGUGUGGCUGAGGUCCUGGGGUGUGAAGUAGCCGACGCCCUCAGCUGCCUCAUGGUGACCGGCUCGGAGGAGCUGGUCAGCAGAGUGAUCAGGGUCAAAGUUCAAGGCAGCGCCAACGUUCACUUCCCUGUGACCGUGGUUAUGCCUUUCUGCGCACGUUACCGUGGCAACUACAGGGACGUCGCUGUCAAGAUAGUGGAUGGGGACAGGAGGACGAGCUACGUCACUCCUGUAACAACAGAGGGCACGUAUGGAGGACAGAGGGGCUCAUUUGCAGAGGUGAGGGUGUAUUCCCUUGGUCUCUUUGCAGUGGUUUCCUGUCUAAAAAGAGAAAAUUACACCAUUCCCAGAAGGGGCUUGUCACUCAAGCUCCCCAUGGACCCCCGCAUUUGUCUCGACUACCUCCCAGGAACCUUCACUGCUCCAGUAAUGGCACAAACCAUGAUCCAGCCCAUAGAUGCCGUCCUCCUGGCUGCCAUCAAGUCCAGACGAGAUGUCUAUUAUUCAGUGGUGUCUACGAGCCCGCUACUCUACCUCACCCACCCGACCUCACAGUCACUGAGAAGACCCCUCGCCGUCACCCUUCCCUGUCCCCCGAACCCGGAAAAAAAGAGGGACAUAAGGGGACAAGGGAUAGACACGCAGCAUCGCCAUACCUGUUCUUCUGUUUCUCCAGCAUGGGAUCAACCUGCUUCCCACAGAGCGAGAAUACCGGGUGCCUCUUUGAAGUCCCCAAAGGAAAUGUCCAAUGAGCUGCUGAUUGUUCUGGGCUCCAGGGACAAACAGUGGAGCAUCCUGGAGAAAGUUGUGGUCAGAAACCAGCAGAACGGGCUGGCGUCCUUUGAGCUGACAGACAACUUUGACAGACUGCUGGUGGUUCGCCUCCUCUCCCCACUGCAGCCUUGUCACCUCACCUCCCUGGCAGAGGAGCUGGAGGAUUCAGUCGGCUGCCACGCCGUCACCAUCGUCCUCCACAGCCGACAAGAUGAGCCUCGCGACAUCCUGGUGGCCGCCCUGCCCAGCCGAGACCUCAGCUGGGAACUGAACAGACUGCGAGCUCAGGGCUACGGCGGCCUCCUGGAGACCUCGUCAGAUGUCUCCAUGUGUGAAGGAGACCAGCUUCUGCUACGUUUCAGUGGCAACAUCACCUCCACGGGAGCUCACAACAACCAAAAUGACGUCCCACACGAGCGAAUCGCCUUUCACAGUCAGCGCAUGAAUCACCUCUCAGUGCGUGUGACUGAGGUGGACCCAUUCGGGAACUACAGCUCCCCUCACUACAAGGGGACGGCUGUGUUUUACAAGGUCACUAGAGGUCAGCUGGAGUGGCGAGGGGACAAAGCCGUCCCCAAGGACAUAAAGCUCCUGGGAGAUCCUGUGUGUAAGCUGUCUCUGACUUUGCCCAAGAAAGUGAGAAGCAUUAAUCGGCCUAUUACAUCCAGAGUGAAGUUAUGUGAGGAGGCAGACUCCCUGUCUGACUCUCUUCUUCUCUGGCUGGCUGGGGAACUUUCAGAGGAGGAAAUAGCCCUGCUGGUGCUCUCUCUGCGUCUCCGUCGUAGUGCUACUCAGCUGGUGAAGCUCCGGGCCGGGGACAGCCUGUCCACCCAGGCCUUCCAUGUCCUGGCCAUGUGGAGGAGGGGGUUACCAGCUGCUCCACACCAACCUAAGGCCUCUCAGCUGGCUCACUGCUUGUCCAAGAGUGGCAGGCCAGAUCUGGCCAGAGAGCUGCUUCUGCGACAGGAUGCAGCCACCAGACAGGGCUCACUGAAAUAA